CCACCACCUGGGCACCCUCUCACUUCACCGCGCCAGGCUCCCUCAACCCUCCAGCUCCCUUCUUCCCGACCCGCCUGUGACCCGCCUGCGACCCGCCUCCCGACAUGCCGUUCUGAACCCGACGCGGUUUGCCAAUUCGCUUUGUCAAGCCGCAUGCCGAAAGCGUCACAUAGCAACAACAGCAACAGCACCAGCAAGCAGCCCCAGCACCAGCACCAGCAACAACAAUACCGGCUCACGCACCGGGCUUGCUGCAUACUCUCCCCCCUCAUCUCUACACCCACCGCUCCCUCUUCUCUCCCAACAUCCCUCCUCGCCGCAUUCAUGAGUACUCGAUAAACAUCUCCGCCACCUCCUCCAAACACACCCUCACCUACCACCGACCAUGUCGCCGUCCCCCCCAGGCGUCGCGGCUCAGCUGCGGCAACUGAUCCACUACCACCUCGACAAUGGCUUUCUCGAAAACGCCCUCUUCCUUGCUGGUCGCCUGCACGGUCUGGAGCCACGCUCUCCCGAUGCCGCUCAUCUGCUGGCGCUCUGCAACCUUCGUCUAGGCAGAUACAAAGCAGCAUACGACUCUUCGCGGCCAAAAGGCUGCCAGGGACAGCACUUGGGCUGCGCCUACGUCUUUGCACAGGCCUGUCUUGGCCUGGAGCGCUUCGUCGACGGCGCUUUUGCCUUGGAGAAAGCUCGCGGCCUUUGGGCCGGCCGAAACCACUGGAACAAGCACUCGGAGACGUCAAGGCGACACCUCCCAGAUGCCGCCGCUUGCUAUUGUCUGUUGGGCAAGCUGUGGAACACGCACGGCGACACCAAGAAGGCUGUCGACUACUACAUCGAAGCCCUGAAGCUGAACCCCUUUAUGUGGGACGCCUUCACCGACCUCUGCGACAUUGGUGCUCUCGUCCGCCCCAUGAAUAUCUUCAAGGUCACCCCAGAGAUGCUGGCCGCUUUGUCCCAUUCAGCGUCAACCGGAAGUGUGGCCAGCUUGUUCAUGUCUCAAGAGAGCUUUGAGGCCAAGAAUCCAUUCAUUUUGACUCCGGAAAUUGACCCUUUCAACCCAUCACGAAACGGGGGAGAUGUCGGACUCAAUCUCGGCGGUUCGAACCUCCUCUCGAAGCUCAAUGGCAGCAUUCCUGUCUCCAACGGCAGCGUGGCAGGUUCCGGGUACCCCGAUGUUGAGACCCCAACCUCUAAUGGCCAAAAUAUGCAUGACGGUGAUGUGAUGAUGGGCGACGUUGGGGGCCCAGUACUGCAUGAGCAGGGUGUGGACGUGCCGCACGCGCCGGGAAAGAAAUCGCGAUUGCAGCCCUUUAGUGCAAUGGAAGAACCCCCAAAAAUGCGGCCCAUUACGUCACGGAGUAGAUUGAAGAUGGGCUCAGAGGGCAUGGAGGCAACCGAAAUUCCAAGGCCAAUAGGACAGAAUGGUCACAAGCGGACUGUGUCAGGUCAUUCGACACAUGCUAACGUGUCAUCUCUAGACCCAACCGCAGCUCCACCGAGGAGAAGUGUUCGGCUCCUCAACUCCAUUAGCAGCCAGAUACGCCCCUCAAGCAGUCGGCUAGCAGCUGUAGCUGGCAGGGAUCCGGAGGGCAAAGAGCGACGUGAAAUGAGGAAAGCGAAAGCAACAGGUACGAAAGGGAAGGCUGGGACUAUGUCCACCGUGGGGAGGGUCGUGAGUGGUAACCGGAAACCUACCGUCGAGAUCUCAGAGGCCUCCUCUAAGCCCGAGUCAAGGCCAGCCAGUGGGGCCAGUGGAGCGCUGGCACCCCCAAAAAUGAUCCCAACCAGUGAUCCCGGACGAGACCAAGAAGCAUUGCAUUGGCUUCUCGAUCUCCUCCUCAAGAUCGGGACAGGAUACGCUCAGUUAAGUCGGUUCCAGUGCGUGCAGGCCCUCGAAACCUUUGCUACUGUACCAACACAACAACGGGAGACACCAUGGGUGCUUGCUCAAAUAGGCAAGGCGUACUACGAACGCUCCAUGUACUCCGAUGCCGAGAAGGUGUUCCAGCGCAUUCGAGAGAAAGCACCCUCGCACAUGGAGGAUAUGGAAGUCUUUUCGAAUGUCCUAUGGCAACUGAAGAGGGAAACAGAUCUUGCAUACCUCGCCCACACCCUAGUUGACCAGGACCGCCUUUCCCCGCAAGCGUGGUGUGCCCUCGGAAACGCGUUUUCACUUCAGCGAGAACAUGAUCAGGCCAUCAAGUGCUUCACACGGGCUACCCAGCUGGAUCCAAAAUUUGCGUAUGCAUUCACCCUGCAAGGUCACGAGCACGUGACGAACGAGGAGUUCGACAAGGCUCUGAACGCUUAUCGGUGCGCGAUCAGUGCCGACAAUAGACAUUACAAUGGAUGGUAUGGGCUCGGCCAAGUGUUUGAGAAGAUGGGCAAGUAUGAUCAUGCCGAAACUCACUAUCGAGCCGCUUCGAAGAUCAACCCAACCAACGCGCUAUUGGCAGUCAAGAUUGGAUCGGUACUUGAUCGAAUGAAGAAGACCCAACCAGCCCUCAUGCAGUAUAUGACUGCCGUUGCCCUCGAUCCGCGGUCGAACCUCGCUCGCUUCAGGAAAGCCCAGAUUCACCUAAAGCUUGGUGCCCCGGUGGAAGCUCUGAAAGAUUUAGAAUACCUCAAGGAUUCAGCACCUGAUGAUGCUAAUGUCCAUUUCCUGCUAGGAAGAACAUAUAAGAAAUUAAGAGACCGGACGAAUGCAAUCCGCCACUUUACGAUUGCCAUGAAUCUCGAUCCGAAAGCAAGCCAGUAUAUCAAGGAAGCAAUGGAGGGUUUGGAUGAUGACGAAGUUGGCGAGUGGAGUAGUGGAGAUGAACGAUGAGAGAUAUUGGUGAGAGGUUCGUCCAUCAAAGCUCCAGCAUCAGCGAAUGCGGAGCAGGCUCUUGUUGCUAGACUCUGGGUAUUGUCUCCUGGUGGACCGAUUAAGUUUUCUCCGAAUGUCUAUCUCAUUGCGGAACGAAUGCCCGGGAUACGACACGUUAUGAAUUCAGCCUUGUCACGGCCUCAAACACCAACCUCAUACACUCCUAUGGAUACAACUGCCCCUCCUACGACCCUACACGGGCUUAAGUCCCUUGGCCUCCUGGUUC